AUGGUGGAAGGCACGUUCGAAAAGCGUUUGGUGAGGAAGCCUGCAAAGGAUCGUUUGGGCAGUAGCCGAGAUGGUACAAUGAAUUCAAGGCGACAGAAUGUUAUUACUGAUCUUCGCAUUAAAAUUCGAAACUCUCCCAAGGUAUCUUCUGGACGAGUUGAUGCGCGCAAAUUCCUUAUGCAAAGGAAGCUGUCUAACAGACGGACAAGAAGUCAGCUUAGCACUUUUACUUCUACCCUAAGUCGUGGAGCAAGCGUACCCUUUCUUAUUCCCAGGCGAACUAUCAAGAAUGAAUACUUUGGUGGCGCUCUUCAUUCAUUUCCUGCGCGUCAAUGGGGUUCUUCGGCGAUUUCAACACCCAGUUCGUUGAUCCGUAGUGUGGAAAAUAAACCCCUGGGUGCAGUCUCAUUAACUCAGGGCAACUCUGUUGCUUCUACCAUCAGCCCCAUUCAAGGCUUUCGAGUCGAGGCGAAAAACCUGCUACCCACCGUCACUAUUGAUGACGUCUACGAGUUAUUUUCAGGUGUUGGCUCUCUUCGAUCCUGCACUUUGACGCAUCCCGGUCAGGCAGAGGUCAUCUUUAACUCUCCUCAAGAUGCUCAAUCGGCCGUAACACGUUACAACGGGCGUGAGCUCGAUGGCCGUCCUAUGAUUGUCACCCUGACGACACCACUAAUGUCCUCCUCUACCGCCAUUUCAAAGGGACCCGCUUUUGAAUCCUCUGCAAGGUGA